CAUCGCGUAAUAGUUAACGCAGCCAACUUACUGUUUUCGAACUCGAAAUUCACUGUUCGGCUGUCAAAAUGUCAGUAACACUGCAUACCGACGUGGGCGACAUUAAAAUCGAACUGUUUGUCGAGUCGUGCCCCAAGGCAUGCGAAAACUUUCUGGCCUUGUGCGCAAGUGACUAUUACAGUGGUUGUUGUUUUAUCAGGAACAUCAAGGGAUUCAUUGUGCAAACCGGCGAUCCCACAAACACAGGCAAAAAUGGACAAUCUAUUUGGGGUACAAAGUUCGAUGACGAGUUUAAGGAGACAAUAAAGCACACAGAUCGCGGAAUGGUCUCUAUGGCGAACAAUGGACCCAAUGCAAAUGCCAGCCAGUUCUUCAUCACCUACGCGGCACAGCCAAAUCUGGACUUAAAAUACACACUAUUUGGUCGUGUAAUCGAUGGCUUUGAUGCACUAGAUGAACUCGAAAAGUUGCCCGUUAAUCCCAAAAACUAUCGUCCGCAUGUAGACAAGAAGAUCAAUGGAGUUACGAUUCAUGCGAAUCCUUUGGCUGCGUGAUAAAUAACAAAUAUUCAACUUGAUGCUGUAUACAUACUAUAUUUUUCUUUUGCUACUACUUAAGUUUACAUAAACAUUGUUGUUUUUUGUAUCAUUUACAUACUAAUUAAUUGAGAAACAGCAAAUUGUGCAAAAGUUGCUAAAACUAGGUCUUACAAUCAGCAAAGUUGUCAAUCAUUUAGUUUAGUUUAGUUAUGUAUAUAAAAUUGCAUUGCUUGGUUUCGCAUGAAUUUUGAUUUAGCAUUUACAACUUUUUCGAACACUUUUGCACUUAAAUGGAGAACCUUAAGAGUAGAGAAUAUGCAUGAUGAUUUUUGUAAAAACGAAUAACUAGAAAAGUAAAAACAAAUGCUAA